AUGACAGAUGUUAUUAGAUAUGUUACUGACAUUCUUCAAAAUCUUCACGAUGGAAACACAGAGUAUUGCUUGAAUUCACAAUAUCAAGGCCAACAAAAUGAAGAUACAAUAAAAUUGGAUUGUGUAUUAAAGAAAUUAUUAGAGCGUCACUUACAACUUGAAAAACAAGUUACUCAAUAUCAAACAUUUCUCAGCGAGUCGGAUUCAAUUAUGAUCAUAAAUGAUGCAAAUGAAUGUUUAGAAGUGCAAAAUCUUAUUAAUGGCAACAAUCAUCCUAACGUUGUUGCUCCUUCAGAUGAUUUCAACAAAUCUUCUUCAACAUCACCUGUUUUGGUUCAUGAUGAUCAUGUUUGUUUAGAAUGUCUUAACCAGUGUACAACUGUUGCCACAGCUGUUACUUCUGGAGAUUUCAAAAAAAGAGUUACUUGUCCUUAUUCAUCAGGUCCAAUGCUUACUUUAAAAAAUGCAAUUAAUGCCAUGGUUGAAAAAAUUGACAAUGUGGCUUUUGAAUUGAUUCAAGUUGCUCAUGAAGUUGGUGAAGGAAGAUUAGGAAUUCAAGCUAAAAAUCAAUAUUUAGAUGGUGGCUGGAAAGAAAUGAUGAUUCAUCUAAAUCUGAUGGCUAAUAAUCAUUCUGAACAAGUAAGAGAUAUUGCUAAAGUGUGCACUGCCAUAGCACAUGGUGAUUUAAGCAAAAAAAUUACUGUUGAGGUUAAAGGUGAAACCUUUGUACUAAAAAAUACUAUAAAUACUAUGGUAACUAGAGUAGCUAGAGAAGUGGGUACUGAAGGUAUUCUGGGUGGUCAAGCUGUAGUUAAAGAUGUGGGUGGUACUUGGAAAGAAUUAACAGACAGUGUCAAUACAAUGGCAGAAAAUCUCACUUCUCAAGUGCGUGACAUUGUAAAUGUUUCAAAAGCUGUUGCUCAUGGUGAUUUGAGUAAAAAAAUUACUGUUGAUGUUAGGGGUGAAGUCCUUGAAUUAAAAAAUAUGAUUAAUACUAUGGUUGAUCAAUUAUCUAAAUUUGCUGCUAAAGUAACAAAAGUAGCUAGAGAAGUGGGAACUGAAGGAAAAUUAGGUGUUCAAGCCCAAGUUAGGGAUGUAAGGGGAACUUGGAAAGAAAUCACAUCUAAUGUCAAUGCCAUGGCAGCAAAUUUAACUUCUCAAGUACGUGCAUUUGCACAAAUUUCUGUUGCUGCAACUGACGGAGAUUUUACUCAAUUUUUUACUGUUGAUGCAGGUGGUGAAAUGGAUCCUCUUAAAACUAAAAUAAAUCAAAUGGUGUAUAAUAUAAGAAAAAGUAUUCAAAAAAAUACUGCUGCAAGAGAAGCAGCUGAAUUAGCUAAUAGAAGUAAGAGCGAGUUUUUGGCAAAUAUGUCACAUGAGAUUCGCACCCCCAUGAAUGGUAUUAUAGGGAUGACAACCUUGACACUUGAAACAGAGUUAACACGUCAACAACGUGAAAAUUUAACAAUAGUUAGUUCUUUAGCUAAUUCUUUAUUGACAAUUAUUGAUGAUAUUUUGGAUAUUUCAAAGAUUGAGGCUGGACGUAUGACAAUUGAACAAAUUUCAUUUUCACUUCGCUCUGCUGUAUUUGGUGUUUUAAAAACUCUUGCCAUUAAAGCAACUCAAAAGAAACUAGAUCUUAUAUAUGAUGUGAACAAUGGUAUACCCGAUCAAUUGAUUGGUGAUCCCUUACGUUUGAGACAAGUCAUAACAAAUCUUAUAGGGAAUGCUAUGAAAUUUACAAAUGAAGGACAAGUGAUGCUUUCUGUAGAUACAUCAGAAACAGAAGGUGAACAAGUACUUUUGACAUUCUGUGUAAAAGAUACUGGUAUAGGAAUUCAAGCAGACAAAAUUGGACUGAUUUUUGACACUUUUUGUCAAGCUGAUGGAUCUACAACAAGAAAAUAUGGAGGAACUGGAUUAGGACUUUCAAUAUCCAAACGUUUAGUUAACUUGAUGGGUGGUAAUUUAUGGGUCAAGAGUGAGUUUGGUAAAGGUUCCGAAUUCUUUUUCACAGUCAAAGUCACACCUGCUACAACAAAUCCAGAACAAAUUGAACAAAAAAUGUUACCAUGGCAAGGACGUUAUAUAUUAUUUAUUGAUACAUUACAUGACAAAACAGGAAUUGUUAGUAUGAUUGAAAAAUUAGGGCUUAAACCAAAAAUUGCAAAUUCUGUUGAAGAAGCAGCUAUUAUCACAGCAUCUAGAAAAUCAGAUGUACCUUUGUUUGAUACAGUAAUAGUUGAUGAUUUAACUAUAGUUGAAAGAUUACGUAAAAUAACAUAUCUCAGAUAUAUUCCAAUUGUAUUAUUAGCACCUACAAUACCAGAACUAAAUAUGAAGAGUUGUAUAGAUCUUGGAAUUACUUCAUAUAGUAGUACACCAUCAACUUUACCUGAUUUGAUGAAUGCUUUAUUGCCUGCACUUGAAUCUAACUCUUCAAUACCAAGUGAUUGUACAAGACAACAGCCUUUGGAUAUUUUAAUGGCUGAAGAUAAUGUAGUAAAUCAAAAAUUAGCAGUAAAAAUUUUAGAGAAAUUUGGUCAUAAAGUAGAAAUAGUUGCUAAUGGACAAUUGGCUGUUGAAGCCUUUAAAUAUAAAAGAUAUGAUUUGAUCUUAAUGGAUGUUCAGAUGCCUAUAAUGGGUGGUUUUGAAGCGACACAAAAAAUUCGUGAUUAUGAAUCUCAAUAUGGUGGUCAUGUUCCAAUAAUUGCAUUAACAGCUCAUGCAAUGAUAGGAGAUCGAGAAAAAUGCCUUUAUUCAGGAAUGGAUGAAUAUUUACCGUCACCUGAUGAGCGUAAUAACGCUCUUCAAAUAUGUGAAAGUUGA